CAAGAUUACGUUACGUCGACUCUCGCCACUGUCAGCAAGCAGAGGGUAAUCACUAAUCACGUAGCGUAGUACGCUGUACAGCACUACUCGCUGUACACUCCCAACGGGCUAAGGAUGCCAAUAGUUAGUUGCGCCGCACAUCACGACUGUUGCUCCGCGUUCUCUUGAUUAUUAUGGCACCGUGAUUAUAUAGGCAUCGCCGCCCACGCAAACGGUUUGUUGUGUACACCGUUAAACGUCAUCGUACGUGCGACCGCCGAAUCCGAUAAUUACUCGUUUUUGUUUUAAUUAUAAUUUUAAUACACCAAAGCAGAUCCUGUCGAGUCGACCUUAACUGUAGUUUUUGGUUUAGUUUUAAUAAAAUUUUCAAUUUCGUUUUUAUUGUGUUCACUGCGACAUGGUCAAUCCUUGAUCGUGAAAGAAAAAAUACAUUUCUUUAAAAUUAUUUCACUCUUUUGGAUAGUACCAGCAGACCACUUUAUGUCAUCGACAAACUGAUCGACGUAGUCGUUGACCAUGUUUCGUUGCAUACCAAUAUUCAAAGGCUGCAACAGGCAGGUCGAGUGUGUGGACAAGAGGCACAGCUCGUUGAGUUCAGUACCCGAAGAAAUCCUCAGAUAUGCCAGAAGUCUCGAGGAAUUGCUGCUCGAUGCCAAUCAUCUACGUGAACUGCCAAAGAACUUUUUUCGUCUUCAACGACUACGCAAGCUCGGCUUGAGCGACAACGAGAUACAUCGUCUGCCGCCCGAAAUUCAGUUCUUUGAAAACUUGGUCGAGUUAGACGUCUCCCGAAACGAUAUACCUGAUAUACCAGAUGAAAUCAGAAGUCUCAGGCUUUUGCAAGUCGCAGAUUUUAGUAGUAACCCAAUACCAAAAUUGCCAUCGGGAUUUUCACAAUUACAUAAUCUAACUACUUUAGGACUUAAUGAUAUGUCUCUAAGUAAUCUACCAGCAGAUUUUGGACUGUUGGUAAAUUUAAAAUCACUAGAAUUACGAGAAAACCUAUUGACUUCUCUACCUAUAUCUUUGUCACAAUUAACACGCUUAGAACGAUUAGAUUUAGGUGACAAUGAAAUAGAUCAUCUACCACAUCACAUUGGUAAUCUUCCAGUUCUUCAGGAACUAUGGUUGGAUCAUAAUCACUUACAACAUUUACCAGCGGAAAUUGGUAACCUAAAACAGUUGACAUGUUUAGAUGUCUCUGAAAAUCGAUUAGAAGACAUUCCAGAAGAAAUAGGAGGAUUGGAAUGUCUUACUGAUCUACAUUUAUCGCAAAAUGUGAUUGAAAUCCUUCCAAACGGUGUUGGUGAACUUACUCGUCUUAUGAUUCUCAAAGUAGAUCAAAACCGACUAACCAUGCUAAAUGACCGAAUUGGAUGUUGUAAAAAUCUUCAGGAGCUUAUACUGACAGAAAACUUUUUAGUUGAGUUACCAUCAUCCAUUGGCAAACUAGUUAAUUUAACAAAUCUUAAUGUCGACCGUAACAGUCUUCAUAGCUUGCCAUCUGAAAUUGGAAAUUUGAUCCAAUUAGGUAUUUUGUCAUUACGUGAUAAUAAAUUGCAAUAUCUGCCGAACGAAGUUGGAAACUGUUAUGAAUUACAUGUAUUAGAUGUUUCUGGGAACAAUUUACAAUAUUUACCAUUUUCUUUGGCCAGUUUGAAUUUAAAAGCAGUUUGGCUAUCCAAAAACCAAGCCCAACCAAUGCUCAAUUUUCAAACAGACGAAGAUGAGAAAACCGGAGAACAGGUUCUCACAUGUUUUUUGUUACCUCAACUUGAAAUCAGAGGCGAAACAAAUGGCUUGAUCACUGGUGACUAUGACCAAUCAUUGUGCUCGCCACCAGAUGAUGAGCCCCCCAGUGAAAACGAAGAAAAUGAGUGGGAAAAUAAAGCCAAUUCAAGAACUACGUCUGUUCAAUUCACUGGAGAUAUAAAGACUGAACCAAACACAAACACUUCCUUUGUGCGACAUAACACUCCACAUCCCAGAGAGCUGAAAGCCAAAGCCACUAAGCUAUUUGGCAAGACUAAAAGCAAUGAAAGCAGUUUAACAGAUAGCCAAAGAGGCGAUGAUUCAACUGAAAAAAGCAAUGGAAACGAAGUUGUGAAUGAUAAAUAUUCAGAAGAAAUUGAAUCAAUAGUGGAGACAAAUAGUGUUUUAGAAGAAGAAAAUAACUACGAGGAAAAAAGUGUAGUUUUCCAUCCAUCUUCAAAUUUUGAGGCAGAUAUUCAAAAUAGACCAAUGAAAUUGCACAGGAGAGAUACUCCACAUCAUCUAAAAAACAAAAGAAUUACAAUAGAUGCCAAUUUAAUUGAACAACAGGAAGCACAAUUAGUUAAUAACGAAAACACGUCAAAUUCCUUAUCUGAAGAUAAAAGUGCUGUGCUGUUUCCCACUCCACCAGAGUCUUUAACUGAUCAAGCUGUUCUUGAUGGUGAAAUGGUUGGCAAAGAAGAACUAAUGGAGGUUCAUAUUGAAAGGACAUCGGCUGGUUUAGGAUUAUCAAUAGCCGGUGGCAGAAAUUCUACGCCUUUUAAAGGAAAUGACGAAGGAAUAUUUGUAUCCAGACUCACUCCAGAUGGACCAGCCGAUUUAGCAGGACUACGAGUCGGAGAUAAAGUUCUUACAGCAAAUGGGCAUUCACUAAUCGAUGUUGACCAUUACACUGCAGUUGAAGUUUUAAGAUCUUGUGGGUCAGUUUUAGUUCUUCAAACACUCCGAGAAACUCAUCCACACCCAAGAGAAUGGGCCAUUCAUGUCCCUGGAGAAUCUACAUCAUCUAGCGUGAGCAAUAGUAGAGCUCCUAGUGUUAUUUCACAUCACAAUAAUUAUGAAAAUACAAAUGGUCACACGCUUGACAGAAAUCGUAAAACUCCCGAUCCAUUAAAAGAUCUGGACAUGACAAAAAAACAAUUGAUUUAUACGACUUUAAUUAGAGAUCAAAACGGCCUUGGGUUUAGCAUUGCUGGAGGUAAAGGAUGUACACCGUUCAAAGAUAAUUCCGAGGCAAUUUUCAUAUCGCGAAUCACAGAAGGCGGCGCUGCUGAAAGAGAUGGGAAACUACAAAUGGGAGAUCGUGUUAUUUCAAUUAAUGGUGUUGAUGUAGCUGGUGCCCGCCAUGAUCAAGCUGUAUCUAUGUUAACUGGGCUAGAACGCUUUGUUCGUCUUGUUUGCGAGCGUACAGUUGAUGCUCGAUGUUCGGAUUCAGAGUCUCAUACUUCAGUGUCUCCGAGUAGUGCUUCUACCAAAUCACGCUCAUACAUGUCUCCGAAAACCCCUCCACCAGCGCCACCUCAGACUCCACCCAAACCCGCGCCCAGAAAAUUAGCUUCACAGUCUUCUAUAGGUUCAGAUUCUGAAACCGUACAACCUAAGCCGUUAACCAAUGAAGAUUUUGAAGCAAUGAUUCCACAACGUUUUCUAAAGAUUAAUAGAAAACAGGUUGAUGUAGAGCAACCAGUUGCUGCCGUUGUUACUACAUUGACAAUAAAAAAGCCUUCCAAUUUGAAUGGAAUAGAGUUCAAGGAAAGUCCUACUACUUUGGGCCGUGUCACUGAAACUAUAACCAAAAGUACAUUUACUGAAACUGUUGUGACUAGGGUGACGGAUAAUACUUUGGCGGAAUCGAUUAUUAUCGAGGACGUCACUUUAGUUAAAGAAGGCGGUUCUUGGGGCUUCAGCAUUAUUGGUGGUACUGAUCAUCCGUGUAUACCAUUUGGCCAACAAGAACAUGGCAUAUUUAUCUCUCACAUUGUUCGAAAUGGAAUCGCAGAAUGUUCAGGAAAGUUACGCAUGGGUGAUCGCAUAUUAAAAGUUAAUUGCGAAGAUGUUACUAAAAUGACACAUCAAGAAGCUGUUCUUACUCUUUUAAAACCUACUGAAGAAAUUACUUUAACAGUCCAACAUGAUCCACUUCCAGAAAAUUUCCAGGAGCUGACCAUAGUUCGAGAAGCUAACGAAAAACUUGGAAUGCACAUAAAAGGUGGUCUUAGAGGACAUCGAGGAAAUCCUUUGGAUAAAAGUGAUGAAGGUGUAUUCAUAUCAAAAAUUAAUUCUGGUGGAGCUGCUAAAAGAGAUGGUCGAUUGAAGGUUGGCAUGCGUCUUUUAGAAGUAAAUGAUGUAUCAUUGUUGGGAGUUACCCAUCAAGAAGCUGUUAACUGUUUACGAACAGCUGGCCAACAGAUACACAUGAUUGUAUGCAAAGGAUAUGAUAAAUCAGAAAUCGAUAGGUUAGUCAAUGAAGGAAAACUCAGACGGGACAGUAGAUCCAUUUCUCAGAGCGUUUCUAGCCUGGAUAGAGACGAUGAAGAUUCCGAAGUCAUUAAGCAAGAAAUGGAAAUAAAAAAAGAAUUAGCUGAAUGGGAAAACCAAGAAAAACUAAUUAAAGAAGAGCUAGAAGAAAGCAUGGAAAUUAUUGAAGUUAAAGAAAAAACUACUCAAGAAAAAGUUUUGGAUGUAGUAAGAGCUGCAGAAAUGUUGACUCUCAAUUCAACUGAAUCAAAUACAGUCAAACCUAAAUCACCUGGCGGACCAAAAUCAGGCGACAGCUUAAAAACUACCACCGUUGUAAUGAGUAAACAUACUUUAGCCCCACAAGCCGAUCAAGUAGUUGUUCAGAAACGGCCUAAUACAUGUCCUUCAAAAACUAUAUUAUCUCCCAAAACAUUAUCUUCAUCCAAACCCUCUGUCCUACAUUCGCCUACAAAACACAUACAUUUCCAAGAGACUCCAUCUUUUCACUCUGAAGUCGCUCCUCUGCGUACACUCGUUGUCGAACGUCCUUCACCCACUCGUGUAGAAAUGGUUCCUUAUGUUACUGAAGUGAACACAAUACCUGUUCAACAUUUUUAUACUCCUGUCUUAACAGACAUUGAAAGUAGUUCAUCUCUGGAAACUAUGCAGUCGUUAGACCCCCCUCCUGUAGAUUAUUCUACUUAUCCAUACUUAGAAUCCUCUCCUCAUUGGUUGGACGUUUUUAAUGAUACCCCGUCGCUUUUGACUUAUUACAAUGCAGCUAACCUCAGCGAGCAAACCGCUGAUGCCAAAGCUUCUGUUAGUGAUAAAAAAAAGUUUUUCGAAAAAGCAAUGGAAGAACAUCAUAAUCCUAGUCCAAAACCUGAACGAGUAUUUAGUUUUUUAAGUCAAGACGAAGUUGAGAAAAUGAAACAGGAAGAAGAGCAAAAAAUGGGGACGUUAAUAAAACAAAAAAUGAAUCCACAUGAAAAAUUCAUUGAAGAAGAUGACGAUUUUGAUGAGGAUGACGGAGCAUUAGUUUUUGAAAAUACUAGUAUUGGAUCACAUAAAAAUUUGAAUGCUGACGUGUGUGUCCGCACAGCAAAAGCUGAAAAAAGAUUAAAGGAGCGACUCAAUCACGAUGGUAUUUUUUCUCAUGAAGAAAAUAAAGAAUUAUCUCCUGCCGAACAGCGUGCACUUAAUGCUGAAAAGAAAGCUGCGUGGCGGCAAGCCAGAUUAAAAUCUUUAGAACAAGAUACUUUGCAAGCUCAAAUAGUAAUAAGAGAAUUGAGUGAAAUAACUGAAAACAAGUCGACUAAUGGCGAUCCCGAUUGUGAAAACACUAUGCCAUUAAAUAAUGAAGUUCUUGAAAAUAAACCAUUAGAGUGCUUACGACCGACAAGUGAGGAUUUUCCUCGUCUACGCCUGCGCGAGUCCCCUGUCCAGACGAAGGUAUCCGAACGAGAGACAGUCGUCGGCGAGAGUGUAUCGUUGCGCACCGAGCAGUAUGUUGACCAUUCCGGUCAACUGAAAGUCAGAACCAUCGAAAUUGUUGAAAAAGUCAUUGAAAAAGAGGUGGAGACUACAAAAGAAAAAAUAGUGUCAUUGGAGUUAAGUACACCUGAAGCUGAAUUUUCUCCAGAGAUUCUUGGUGAAGAUCCCGAAGAAGAAACGACUGAGAAGAAAACGCCAACCAACACUUCUAGCAAGAAGAGGCGCAGAAAGCGUACAAAGUCAACUGACAAACAGUCGUCAUAGUAAAAGCCAAAAUCACAUUUUCUAUUUAUAUAUAUGUAUUUGUAAUAUAUAAAUAAUUUCUCAUUCCUACACUAUACUAUAGUAUUACUAAGCGUAACAAAUUGUGAUUACUAUUUUUAUUUUUUCAUUCUGUUGUCACUUUUCAACCAUCAGCAUUUCUUUACAUGGACCAACUUUUGUUUUAUAUUGCUGUUUUAAUUAAUUAGUGACAAAGCUUUACUUUUGUUUACUAUUUUAAACAAUGCCACAAAUUACUCAUUUUUAAAUGUUUACCUUUAAGAGUGUUUUACUUUUAUUUUUGAUAUAAUUUUUGUAAAUAAAUCAGCAAGACAGUAUUCAUAACUUUGGAAAAUGUAUGAAAAAAAAUAACAAAUUUAUUUAUUCUAUCAAAACAAUAUUUUUAUUGAUAAACCCACUUAAUUA